UCCGCUUCCGGGGGCGCGGCGGCGUUACCGGGCUGGGGGGUGUUGGCACCACCAUGAGCACCAUGUUCGCUGACACCCUCCUCAUCGUCUUCAUCUCCGUGUGUACCGCACUGCUGGCCGAGGGUAUAACUUGGGUGCUGGUAUACCGAACAGACAAGUACAAGAGAUUAAAGGCUGAAGUGGAAAAACAGAGCAAGAAAUUGGAAAAGAAGAAGGAAACGAUAACUGAAUCGGCAGGCCGACAGCAGAAAAAGAAAAUAGAGAGACAAGAAGAGAAACUGAAGAAUAACAACAGAGACUUGUCAAUGGUUCGGAUGAAAUCCAUGCUUGCCAUUGGCUUCUGCUUCACUGCCCUGAUGGGAAUGUUUAACUCCAUAUUUGAUGGCCGAGUGGUGGCAAAGCUUCCAUUUAUCCCCCUCUCGUACAUCCAAGGUGUCUCCCACCGCAACCUUCUGGGCGAGGAUUACACUGACUGCUCCUUCAUCUUCCUCUACAUUCUCUGCACCAUGUCCAUCAGGCAGAACAUCCAGAAGAUGCUCGGUCUUGCUCCCUCCCGGGCUGCCACCAAGCAGGCAGGAGGCUUCCUUGGGCCACCACCUCAGGCAGGGAAGUUCUCCUAAAGCACAGUUACAGCCUUCGUGAAAGAUCUGAGCAGUGCACAGGACUGCCUUUGGGAGGUGUGAAAGAUGAGACUCUGCACAAGGCUCCGCACGUCCAAACCCAGCCUAAAGCAGUUUGGCCACGGUCUCAAAGACACCUUCCGUUUGGAAUGUUCUACCAGCAGUAGUUUGCUCCUCAAAUCGAGAGAGUUCUCAGAAGAUAACUUGACUUUUUUGUUUCGAGUGUUGCUGAGAAAUAAAUGGCAUGGGCAUGUUUA